AUGCAUCAGCUGGGGUGGACGGCGGUGCUGCGGCUGUUGCUCCACGUGGUCGCGGCGCUGUUGCUUAGCGCUCGCAGCUCGCAGCUCGGCUCUGCGCUGCACCCGUUCCAGCGCGCCAUCGCCAACGACUGGGUGCGGCUCCUCUUCUACGUGGACGCGCCCAGAAAGAUUUCGGGCGAGGCGAGGGUCGUCACGCUGCCGCACUUCCUGCUCGAGGUGGAGGAGGAGAUCGCUGCCAAUGUGGACGACGAGUUCUUCAGCGGGGGCUUCGCGGCGCGAGCGUCGGCGAUGCCUGUCGGGGCGCUUUUCACCAUCGAGGAGACCCGCGAGCACCUGCACGGCGCUGUGGCCAACUACUUCCGACUGGCGAGCGUGGCGCUGGACUCGUACCUGGUGUUCGGCAACGAAUCGGAGUCGCAGUGGGCGCUGCUGCCGCCUCCGCUGCUGACUGUGCGCGCCGACGUCGGAGAGGAGACUCUGGACAAGCUGUACAACAUCACGAACACCUCUUCGAGCGACCAGUGGCCGGCGCCGCUGCGGACGGGCGAUUCGGCUGCGCGACAGCAGGAAACGCGAGAGUUUUUCGAGGAGCUGGACGCUAUGGAGCUCAAGUUAGUGUGGACGGUGGUGAUGCGCUACGACCUGCUGAAUCAAGGUCACUUGGAGGUGACGAUGAAUUAUGACCUCGUUCAUGUGCCGCUGCUUGAGGGUGGGCGCGGAGGAGGAGGGGAGGAGGAGGAUAUGCCGCCUGUGCUGGUGGACACCAGCGUGCUAUUUAACUGGGUCACACUCAUGGUGAUUUGUUUGUAUCAGCCACUUGCACUCGCUUGGCGCAAUGGGGCUGCCAAAGACUUCUGGUUCUGGUUCGUCCUGGCAGUUAAUUUCAUGACCGUGAUGUGCCUGCUAGCGACGUGGCGCCAUGCCUACAGGCUUUCGCUGGACGACACACUGUGCUUUACCUUCGCGUCAUGUUGCGCGCUGCAGUGGGGUAGCCUCGUGCGGUAUCUGCAAGUGAAUACGCGGUUCCACAUUCUCGGCCUGACCUUGCGGCGCGGGUUGCCACGUGUGAUGCAGUUCCUGGUCGGUGUUUUGCCAAUCUUUGUGGGUUUUGUGCUGUUCGGAACCGUCAUGUUUGGCGCCAAGGUGCCUCGCUUCCAGAGCGCGAGCGCCACAGCCACCACGCUGUUUUCUGUCGCGAACGGCGACGAGAUCCACGACACGUUCAACGACGUCGCGUACACGCCAUGGAUUGGGCAGAUCUACGUCUACAGCUACAUGAUCCUGUUCAGUUACGUCGUGCUAAUGGUGUGCAUCGGGAUUAUCGAGGACGCGUUUUUCUCGGCUGUGUUCCCAGCGUCCUGGCCCUCGUCCGAUAAGGAGCAGGACGAGAAGCAGCAGAGUUCGGCUGUGGGGCGUCACCACAACUAA